UGACGAACGGAAGAACAAGUACACGAGAAUCUGGAGAUCGUGUUGGUAUAAAAAGUUCUACCAAAUGCAUUGAGAAGCAUCAGUAACGAUUCAAUCGUAGUCCAGUUAAGACCUUAAAAAGUCCAAAAAAAUACCAAAACACCUUUAAGCAUCAUGAAGUUCGCCGUAUUUGCCGUAGUCGUGCUUGCUUUGGCCCUUGGCGCACAAUCAUCUGUGAUCUUGGGAGCUCCAGGCCCAUUGUUGGCCGUUUCAGGACCAGCUGGUAUUGUAACAGUUCCCGGUGCUGUAUCAAUUCAAGCUGCUCCAGGCGCUAUCUCUCUACAACAAGGUCCAGCAGUUGCUGUUGCAGCUCCAGCUGUUGUCGCUGCAGCUCCAGUUGUUGUUGGUGCUGAAGGUACUUAUGUCGCUAAGACCCGUGGAGCUGUUCACGUUGCACCAUUGCCAGGACAUUUGCAAUCAGCUGCUUCAGUUAACUUGCAACCAGCUCCAGGUACUUUGUAAGGACAUCAGAUCGUAACACAACACCACCAACGUUGAUCUUCAAGCUAUUUCAUUCUUCUUCCUAAACCUCUACCUGUCUCUCUGUCUUCCUUCUUCUGUCAAGAAAAAAAAAAUCUAGUUAAAAAGUGUAGUACCCACUCAUCGGGAAGG